AUGAAAAAAAUGAAGAUGAAAAAUGAAACAGUUACUACAGAAUUUAUUCUUCUUGGCUUUGGGGAUCUCCAAGAACUACGGUUUCUUCUCUUUGUGGUGUUUCUAACCAUCUACAUCAUGACUAUCACUGGAAAUCUACUCAUGGUAAUACUAGUAGUGACUGAUCAUUAUCUACACACACCCAUGUAUUUCUUCCUUGGAAAUCUGUCUUGCUUAGAGAUCUGCUACAGCACAACCAUCCUUCCAAGACUGUUGGCCAGUUUUAUAACAGAUAACAAGCAUGUUCCUUUCAAUUACUGCAUAAUCCAGUUAUGGAGUUUUUGCAUAUUUAAAACAGCAGAAUGCUAUCUCUUGGCAGCAAUGUCUUAUGAUCGCUUCCUGGCCGUAUGUAAACCUCUGCAUUAUCCCACACUUAUGAAUACCAAGGUUUCCUUCCAACUUAUUGCUGGCUCUUGGAUUUGUAGUUCUGUGGUAGACAUGAUAUUGGUCAUUUUUAUAUUGCAAUUAAACUUCUGUGGCCACAAUGUUAUUGACCAUUACUUUUGUGAUUUCAUUCCAAUCAUAAACUUGGGGUGUAAUGAUACUUAUCACGUGAAACUUAUAUUAGCUGUUUUGGCUUCCAUUAGCACCAUCCCACAACUGACAUUAACCAUAACAUCAUAUGGAUACAUCAUUGCAGCCAUACUUAGAAUCCCAUCUGUUAUAGGGAGGAAAAAAGCUUUUUCUACUUGCUCUUCCCACCUCAUAGUUGUAACAAUGUUCUAUGGAGCCAUAAUCACUGUAUACACUAUGCCAGACACUGAUGGAUUGAGGAAGGUGAAAAAGAUCUUUGCUAUUUUUUAUACCAUCCUAACACCUCUGCUCAACCCUCUUAUAUAUAGCCUAAGGAAUAAUGAGGUGAAGGGAGCCCUGAGGAGAACAGCCAGUAAAUGUACCAUAUGUAUGAAAGUUCAUCAAACUCCUUUUGUCAAACCACAUGAUGGAACUUAA